AUGCACUUCUCAACUGCCUCCUUCCUCGCGGUCCUUACCGCCUCCUUUGCUGCCGCAGACCAAAUGCAGAUCAACUUCUACAGCGACUCCUGCAGCUCCUACGAGGGUCAGGUCGACGUGAGCUGGGCGACCGAACUGUACGGCGGACCUGACAACUGCUACAACUACAAUUUUGGCAGCUGGGCAAACAUUGCCGACUGCUACGAGAGCGGCUGCCUGUGCAACUUCUUCAGCGAUCAGAACUGCGGAGGAGGCAGCAUCGGACAGGCUACCAACGGGGGCAACUGUGUUUACGUGCAAAAUGCUCAUUCUUUUGCAUGCUACUACCAGUAA